CUAACAAGAAAAUACAGCCGGACGACAACAGAAUCUCACCUCAUCCUCGUCCACACACAAUAAUAUCCAUCAAAACACCAGCCGCUCUCCAUGGCCACCGUCAUCGAAUCCAUCACCGUCGUUCCUCGCCCUUCUUCUGUCACCCGGUGUUCUCUCAAGCUCUCGCGUUACGUCCGCCUAAAACUCAAGCCCAAGCCCAAGACUAUUUUCACUGCUUCGCCUACUCUCAGAAUCACUUCCCGCACUUCACGUAUAGUGUGCGAAGCCCAGGAUACCGCUGUCGAUGUGGCUCCUAUAACUGAAGCAAAUUGGCAAUCACUUGUACUUGAAUCUGAUUCACCCGUUUUGGUUGAGUUCUGGGCUCCAUGGUGUGGUCCUUGCAGAAUGAUCCUCCCUAUACUUGAUGAACUAGCAAAACAAUAUGCUGGCAAACUCAAGUGUUACAAACUCAAUACCGAUGAGAGUCCUUCUACUGCUACACGCUACGGUAUUCGAAGUAUCCCAACUGUUAUGAUCUUUAAAGAUGGAGAAAAGAAAGACACGGUUGUUGGAGCUGUGCCCAAGUCAACACUAACAUCCACCAUUGAAAAAAUCUUAUAAGCUUUUAACUUAAUCAAUGUCUUGAUCUCCUGGAAGUAAGGAGCUAGUAUCUUUUUUUUCCAUAUUUUGCAUACCUAAUAUACUCAUUUAUGAUCCUGUAUAGUUUUUAUCAGAUGCAGCCUUAUUUUAUGUUCUUAGAUUAAA